AUGUCGCUAUCCAUCCCUGGGCCCUCUCAGCAGGGCCUCUUCAAGCAGGGGUACCAAACCCAUGACUCUGAGGAUGGAGCUGUUAUCCGCAACAUCGAGGCCUGCCAGGCCAUCUCCGGCACCGUUCAGACUUCCCUGGGUCCCUAUGGCCGCAACAAGAUCGUCAUCAACCACCUGCAGAAGAUGAUCCUGACCUCCGACGCUGCGACCAUUCUCCGUGAACUGGAUGUUGUUCACCCCGCUGCCAAGCUGCUGGUUAUGGCUAGUCAGCAACAGGAUGCCGAGAUGGGCGAUGGCACAAACCUGGUCAUCGUUCUGGCCGGAGAGCUGCUGAAGAAGGCGGAGGAGCUUAUUCGCUUGGGAUUGAAGACUAGUGAUAUUACUUCGGGCUACGAGAAGGCACAGAACUUUGCUUUGAAGACCCUAGAAGAUCUCGAGGUUGACCGACUCAAGGAGAUGCGUUCCACUACCGAGCUCAGCAAGGCCCUUCGGACGGUUAUCGCUAGCAAGCAGUCUGGCGUUGAGGAUACUUUGGCGGAACUGGUCGCGGAGGCUGUUCUUGCCGUACUUCCCAAGAACCCCCUCAACUUCAACGUGGACAAUGUUCGUGUCGUCAAGAUUAUGGGUGGUAGCUUGGAACAAUCCAAGGUGGUCAAGGGUAUGGUUUUCGGACGUGAGCCGGAUGGAAUUGUCAAGCAGGCCCGCAAGGCCAAGGUCGGCGUGUUCAGCUGCCCAAUUGAUAUCUCGCAGACCGAGACCAAGGGUACGGUCCUGCUGAAGAACGCCCAGGAGAUGGUCGACUUCACCAAGGGCGAGGAGGAGCGUCUGGAGGCCGCUAUCAAGGAGCUUUAUGACUCCGGUCUGCGCGUUCUCGUUGCCGGUUCUACCGUCGGCGACCUGGCCAUGCACUACCUCAACCGCUUUAACAUUCUGGUUAUCAAGAUUCUCUCCAAGUUCGAGCUCCGCCGUCUGUGCCGCGUUACCACCGAGAUUGGUGGUGACCGUGUCACCGUUUUCCGUCAAGAAGAUGCCAACUCGGCCACCCGCACAUCCACAAUUGUCCUGCGCGGCGCCACCCAGAACCACCUGGAUGAUGUCGAGCGUGCCAUCGAUGACGGCGUGAACGUCGUCAAGGCCAUCACCAAGGACCCCCGUCUCGUCCCCGGUGCCGGCGCCACCGAGAUCCAGCUCGUCGAGCGGAUCUCCGCCUUCGCUGACAAGACUCCCGGUCUGCCCCAGCACGCCAUUCGCAAGUUCGCCGAGGCCUUCGAGGUCGUUCCCCGUACCCUCGCCGAGUCCGCCGGUCUCGAUGCCACUGAGGUUCUCUCCCGUCUGUACACCGCACACCACCGCAACAACACGGAUGCCCAGUCCGAAGGUGAAGAGGAGGGCAGCUCAUCCGAGGAAGAGGAGCCCUACUGGACUACCGGUGUGGACCUGGAGGUCGGCUCCGGCGGUGACGGCACUCUCGAUGCUGUUGACGAGGGUAUCCUCGACUUGAUGGCCUCCAAGAGCUGGGCCAUUCGCCUCGCCAGUGAGGCUGCCCGUACUGUUCUCAGCGUCGAUCAGAUCAUCGUCGCUAGACAGGCUGGUGGGCCGAAACCCCCAGGCCCCAACCCUAACUGGGAUGAGGAUUAA